UGGGACAAUCUGGAAAUUAAUUCAAUUUGUUUCUUAAGAAGUUGAUCGUAAAAAAUUAUACUUAAAAAGUGAACAAACCAAAGUUUUUCAAAAUUUUAUUUCGUAUUCGUUCGUUUAUUAACUAUAAAAAUUGCACCGUGGAUUGUAGCUGAACACCCAACCAUUUAUGGAAAAAAGUGAAAAUAUUUUCGAAAAACAAUGUGAAUAUCAGAAUUAUAGAUGCAGCGUCGUGCGUUUUCCGAAAUGAGAGUUUUUAAUUAGUGCAGCAGGUUUCAACCACUUAAAUUCAUUUAGCAAAUUCGCACAAGACACGAGCCCUAAAUAAUCACAAUGUAAUUUGUAUUAUAAAUUAUUAUGUUAUAGUGCAGCAGCAAUUUGGCACAGCUUUGAAUUUUAUAAAAAAAGAAGUACCUAAAUAGAGGAAGUCAAUAUUGCUUUAAGCUUAAAAAUUAUGAGUCUUCUACCUGAAAUUGACACGGCGAUUAGUCACAAUGGAAGAGGAACAAGCAUGGCUUGUCCGAACGCGUUCCGACUCUGAGACAUCCUCAAAGUUGAGCUUCGGUUCACUGUCACGGACAAUGACAUACACAGAGCACCGGCUCUCUGCUGGAGCCGAAGCGGCUGGUGAGCCAGGCAACACUAUCACAAUGGCAUCCAGUCCUCCGGACAACGCGACUGAGGGAAACGAAAGCGGCGAGCUCCUAGACUACAAUGACUCUAGUAUUCUCGAACAAUUCCAUGAAGAUGCCCUAAGACAGACUGGCUGUGGUCUCUCCCAAGUUCGAAUAGUCCUGUCCGUGGGCCUGGCAGUGGCCGGUGCCACAUUGGAGCUGGCAGCCAUACCUUUCAUCCUGCCAUCAGCGGAGAUAGAACUGUGUAUACUGUUACACGAGAAAAAUUGGCUCGUAAUGAUAACGCUGGUGGGUUGGGCCUUCGGUGCUCUGGGGUGGGGCGCCCUGGCUGAGAGACUUGGCCGACGUCGAACCUUGCUCUCAUGUUUGGCGGUGAAUGCGGUUUUUGCUGCCAUAGCAGCGUUCAUGCCGACCUACGGAACCUUUAUGAUGGCGAGAUUGUGCUCGGCGAUCGGCUCUGGUGGCGUGGUGCCGUGCGGCGCCGCGUACGUGUGGGAGUGGUGCGGGGCGGGGGUGCGGCGCGCGGCGCUGGCGGGGGCGGCGGGUGCGGGCGCGGCCGGACUGUUCGCCGCCGCCGCGCUCGCCGCCGCGUUGCUGCCCCCCACCGGCGCCCUCACCCUCAUCGAGAAUAAAGAGCAUUUCAGCGCCUGGCACAGAUAUCUUCUGUUCUGCACGCUUCCGAUCCUGGCGUCUCUUGUCAGUCUGAUAUGGACCCCGGAGUCUGCCAGAUAUCUCCUAGAAGUCGGACGGGAAGUGGACGCGAUGGUAGUCUAUCAGAGUGUGCACAACGGGAACCGGUGUGGGCGCGGCGGCGCGGGGCGGGACGCGGAGCCGGCGCUGCCGCUGCCCGCCAAGCGGAGGCCGCCCGCCCUGCACCACGUCCGCCACAGUCUCAAGAUGUUCUGGCAGUCGUUCUUCCAGCUGUUCUCGGGCGCGCACCGCCGCACCACCGUCUCGCUCGGGGGCACGCUGCUCUUCGCCAUGGCGAUACAGUUCUACCUGUCGUCGUACGUUCCGUCGACGGUGGGCAGUAUAGAAAGCGAGCGCUUCGAGGCGUCGCGCGUGGUGGUGCGCAACGAGACGCUGGUGGCGCGUCACUACCGCGGCACCGUGCAGAACGUGCACUACGCGAACGUGUCGUUCGUCGACUGCACGUUCCGCGACGUGCUGCUCUCGCACGUGCGCUUCCGCAACUGCUCAUUCACGAACGUGUCGCUGUUGAACAUCAAGAGCUCGCACACUCACUUCGAGGGCUGCCUCUUCGUCAAUAGCAGCAUCAUCGACACGGACCUAGAGCUGGGCGGCGAGCUGGACGCGUGGUGCCGCGUGGUGGGCACGGCGGUGCGCGGGCCGCGGGGGGGGUGCGCGCGCCACGCCUCCCUCACCUCCCGCCUCGCCGCGCCCCUCGCCCGCGCACGCGCCGCCGCGCCCGCCGUGCUGCUCGCCGCGCUGCUGGCGCUGCUGCCGCGCCGCCUCACCCGCACCGUUACCUCGACCGCGGCCUGCGUAUUGCUGUCUCCGUUGCUCUACAUAGCGACGAGCGAGACGGCGCUAUACACCGUGGAGGCCGUAUACACCGUGCUCAUAACGCUGGUGUUCCUCAACGUGACCGGCGACGUGCUCGAGUCGUACCCGGCCGGAGCCAGAUGCACGGCGCACGGCGUCAUACUAUCAGCGGCGUACUCAAGCGGCGCCGUGCUGUUGGGAGCGGGCGACGCCGGUGCCGCGCUGAGCUGCGUGCUGUGUGCCGCGCUGGCUCUCGCGGCGACCGCCUUCGCUUACAACCGAUAGAGCUAGCUGCUCCAUACUUGCAACCCAGUUGAUUGUCUGAUUCAAAAUCCAACAAAUUGAUAGUUCUUUUUCAGCUUCCCAACUAAAAUGUCAUGAACAAAGCCGCCGGUAGAGCGAGAAUGAUGAAGGCAGCUGCGAUCAGUUAUAGUAUCAUAUGACGUCACAGCUAACGAAUCUCGGAAGACGUCGAUCCGGAUAAAAAAUUUCGUAUAGUAAAUCCUUUUAAAAUUAUUUUUUAUUUAUAGGCGUCACGAAUCGAAAUGACACCCUUCUAAUAUCAACUUUUAGUAUUGAUCAGAUCUCAAAAAGUCCGCAGUGAAUUAGGGGAAUAAUGAUAAUGAAAUGCUAAGGACAAUACAUACCAUUUUUUUAUUUAUUAUCAUGGCAACUCUCUUUGAUUUUAUUUAUUUAUUUAUGUGAACUCAGUUUUUGUCGAAGUCAUUAAUGUCAGAUAUAUCGUUCGUUAUUAUUAUUAUUAUUAUAUCGUUCUUGUACUUGCCAUUUUUAUAAACAAGGAACCAAAGUAUAAAAAUUGACUGAUUUUUUUUUUUGUUUGUUUUUGACACGCAUAGGAAUUUUUUUAUUGAGUGUAUAUAUAUAUCAAUAAAUAAAAAAAACAAACGAAUUGAACUUAUAUCACGUAGGUAUUGGGUAAUGAAAUGAAAUUUUAAGAAAAAGAAAAAAAAAAAAAACAAGCAAUGUAUUUGAUAUCAAUUUUUGAAACGAGCAAGCAAUAAAUUUUAAUAAGUGUUAGUUAAUUUAAGUUCCAUUGACGCGUUUGCUGCUUAGUCGAAUGCAGGUACUAUCCAGUUAAUAUUGAACCACGGGUCAUCUGCUAUAUAGGUAUAUUUCGCCAUUGCUAUAUCCUGUAGCCAAAAAAAAAAUCCAAAUCAGUAACUAGUUUGAAAUUUUCAAUCGUCAUCAUCAACAUACAAUGCUGUGAUUCCUCGUGUGCACCCUGAAAGUUCGCCUUUCUGAUAUGGUCCUUGGAAAUUCUAUAUCAUCCUUGACCAGUCUCCCGGGGGGUCCAUAGAACCUCGGCACGCUAUAGCCCCAAGUGAAUCUGCUUGACAAGCGGUGAAAGAUAUUAACACUAAUCAUACCAACGCUUACUGGUACCUAUUUCUGCCAUAGCGGGUAGAUAACAGCUUACGACAAGUAUUACUCAAAAUAAACAAAAUAUUAUAAUAACUCUAGAUUAAUUGAUAAGAAAAUGUCAUGAAGUCAAAUUUGCAAAAGCAAAUAAUAUGAUGAUAUUUUCAAUGUCACUGAUGAUAUUGUCACUUUUUUAAAAUGCAAGAAAUAAAAGGCUUUUUAUUUUAUUUUAUUUAUUAUUAUUAUUAUUUUCAAUGCAAAAGUUCAAAAUGAGUACAAAUUGACCCGUUAUAUGUUUAGUGUUAAUACCCUUGCCAAUUUACAAAUUAGCGUGUGUUCUAAACCAGUGGUGCGCAAAGUUUUUUCGACCCCGACCCCUUUAAUAGAGAGAAAAAUUUUGGCGACCCCCCAGCCAGGGAGGAUGUGGUUGUACUCCGAACUGCUAAAUCGGCCGAAAAAUUAAAAGAAAUCGGCGACCCCCAACAACCUUCUGGCGGUCCCCACAGAAGUCGCGAUCCCUAGUUUGGGAAUCACUGUUCUAAAGCCCGGGUUCGAUUCUGAUUGUCUCCCUUUGAGCCCGGCGUUACGUUGUCGAGUGUCUGCGCUUCUGGUAUUGUCAUGGUCCAAGGGCCACGGGAAACGAUUCGAACCGAAUUUAGGUAUCUCGUUUCCCGUCACAAAUAUACAGAUCCGUGUAUAUUUAACCAACCUGGAUGGAUCUCUAUAUCGACGCUUGAAAGGCAAACGUGACUAAGCGACAAUGCGUGAACUUUACAGUAGACUAAUUUAAAGUUGAAAUACCAGAAAACAAAAUUUAUUUUAACGAAUCCAGCUGUAUUAGAAUCUAGCCAGUAGCUGUAGGAUUGAAAUGAUUUUAACAGACCUAGAAAUAUAUAUUUUUUGCGCAUCGAAUAUGGUUAUUGCCUAUCAUUUAUGUACAAAGCAGUUAUUGUCGCUUAGUCAUGUUUGCCUUUCAAGCGUCGAUAUUUACUAAAUAUUAUAUUUUUAAUUAUUCGUGUUUUUUUUUCCGAAUACCCUACAAAUCAUCGCUACAAUGUUCCAAUGUAUUAUAAUAUUUAGGUAUGUACUGCGUUAUUAAUAAAUUGUUUUAUAGCCAUCGUUGUGCCAUUUCCGAUUUCGUUCAGUGAUUGCACGGUGUUGCCUUAAAUUAUCGUGUAAUUUAGAAUGGUAGCUUUUUUUUUUAUAAAUUUAUUAUUCCUUUUUGUAGCUUUCGAAAUUUAGAGCUUAAAUUUAUAACGAUUGCGGUUUAAGGCUAGUCGUAAAUGAUGUUGGUUAGCGAAGGUGAUGUUUGGGUCGGUCUGUGUCAUUCCCAGUUUUUUUUUUUUUUUUUUGAUUUUUUUUGUGUUGAUUAUUAGUAGAUGAUGAUGCAGACCGUUAACAUAUCGACUUUGGGGUUAGGAGGGGGGGGAUAUGAAUCGGUUGUAUUUGUUUUAAUUGUAAUUAAAUUAAUUUCAAUGAAAGAUGUUCGGACCAAAACGAUCGGAGUUUCGUGUCUGAUAUGUCUAAACAUUAUGAUGUCUGUGGACUCAUGGUCUUAGCCUACAACUCGCAAGAGCUGUAGGAGAUAUCACACGGACGAAUAAACAAACGACCGUGUCUCCCCGUAUCUAUAUGUAUUACAGUUUGGUAGUUUUUUCCACGUAUUCCUUGGGAUAGCUGUUGUAGCUCUUAUAAAUGACGUCAUAGCUUGAAGUUUUAACGCAAAGGCACUACCGCUCUGUCUAUUUCUACGCCGGUUUAAAGCCUCGUGUUUUACUACUGGGCUCCGUGAAGAGUGUGCUUAGUGCGAGUUUUUUAACGUUCUCGAUAGCGUAAAAGUUAACUCAGAUUUGUAUGGAGUUGGAACAGCGCCCUUAGCGGCAAGUUAUCGAAAAGUUUAAAAAAUUCUCACAUUUUUUUCCUAUCUAUGCUGAUAGCCUUGCGGGUAUUUCAGCUUCUUGACGUGUAGGUGAGAUCACGGGGCCCAAACCACGAGCGUUGCUAACACUGGCCCUAGCAAGAGCCGUGCUUCGCAUAAUCUACCACCGGAUUGGAAACGCGACCCACUAAGAUCUAGUGAGAAACUCAGUGGGUUAUAAAAUUUAGGAGUUCUCAAUCAAAAAUAAUGAAAGCGACCGGUCGCGUGUACCGUGUUUCGAAUUUUGAGGGUAUUUAGCAAUAUUUAUGUAAUGUAGGAACUUUAACAACAACCUCGCCUUGAGCGAAUAACAGAAUACUUUCUAGAAAUUUCCGAACAAGAUGUCAUCUUUCUUUUCCGUAGAAAAUAUGUGGAGAAAAUUACGAUAAUUUAGUAAUUAAAUAUUAUACUAAGUCUUUACUUGUUUAUCCAUUUCGCCAUAUCAUAUAUUUUAAGUGAUAUUCAAAUAGACUGCUAUACACAUAUAUAAUUUAACGACAAAAGAAAAGAAAGACAUAUUCAUUAUACAUACAUAUAUAUUUAGAAAUCAAUCGAAUUUUAUUUUUAUUUUUAAUUAGUUUCAAAUUUACGAACCACCACGAUUUGACGUGAAAUUGUUUCGGUAGCUUUAGUAGCUUUUUUGAGCGACGCAUUGGCAUCACCACUGCAAUAAACAAAAAGACUUAAAACACCGCAUUCCUAUUGAUCGGACUGAUUUUUUAUUCCUAGUCAAAUUGAAGUUUACUAACAUGUAAUAAAUUAGAAGAAAAAAAAGGCUAACUAUUAUUUCCUUAAAACACCAGUCUUUAUUUUAAGGUGGUUAACGAAAUUAAUGAAUACUAAUAAAAUAUGUACCUACAAUAGCUUAGAUUUUCCAUACUUUUCUAAAUUAAUAUUUAUUAGAUUUUUUUUUCUUAAAAAAAUAUCCAUAAGAAAAGGAAUCUUGAAACAUAAAUGGCUUUAUUCAUCUUUUAUAAUAAAUUUUAAAAAAAAGAGAGGCACGUCGCUUUUUUUUUAUAAUAAAAAAGUCAGGUAAUAAGUCAUUCUAGCAUUGAUAAAAUUUUUAAUUUAAGUUAACUGACGUUUUGUUUUGGAACUUGCAUGCUGGUUGUUUUUAGAUUAAAUAGACUGAAGAUUGUAAUAGUGUGACGUGUAAAUAAGUUCAAUAAAUAUGUUCGUAUUUAAACAA